UUAAAAAAAAUGUUUUAAAAUAUGUAAUAGAAUUGUCAACAUCAUAAUAUAUUAUUACAUUAUUUAAACAGGAAAUGGAAGAGAAAAUGGAUAAUCCAUUAAAAAAGAAAAUAACUAUUGUCGUGGAUGAGGAUGAUCCUUGCCUCAAAGGAAAAGAAAAAAUAGAGGAAGAAUUCCAGGCAUUUCCAGAUUUUCGAUAUAAUCCUGGCAACGACCCAAGAUUUCAACAGCAAAAUCAAACGCAACGAUGCUUCGUAAUGUAUACUGAUUUUUACCGGUGCGAGCAUAUCUUAGGCGAAGGUUCCAAAGCAUGUACGUGGUUUAAGGAUGUUUUUACAUCUAUUUGUCCAAACGGCUGGGUGCAGCAUUGGGAUGAACUUAGACUUACAGGCCGAUUACCUUGGCACAAAUACAGAACACAAGGUGCUUUCCCCGGUAAUAAAUAUGGCGAAUAAAGAUCUCUUUUGAAAGAUUUUGAAUAAAAAUAAAAAAUAUUGUAAUGUUUGAGAAAUGGAAUAAACGAUGAAGACAAUUAUUAAAAUAAUUACUCCAUUAUUAAUUCUAAUUAUUAAGAAUUUU